UUUCAGUCUUUCGUCGCACGUUCACCGCUCAACGCACGCCGUGAAACGUGAGUGACUGAGGGCGGAGAACACAGAACAGCGACAUGUGCUCGAGCGCCACUUUCAAAUUUCUCUGCUACUUUUAUGCGUGUUGCAACAUUUUCUGUGCAAUUAGCAUCGCGGUCGGUGCAGACAAAGUGAGUGAGAAAAUUACCCGCGAUAACUGCAGCUCCGGCGCGAAGUCGCUUUCGCUUUCACAGGACCCAGUGGACCGUUUUCCCGGUGGUGUUUGCAACAGAAAAACUUAUGCGGCACUCCUGCUCAUGCUGGCACUGGCAUGCUGUAUGUCGGUUCUGCUGGCGGUUGGCGUUGCGCUGGAAAAACCAUCGCUGAUAAAGACGUUCCGGGUGUUCUUGUAUGUAAAUGUAAUUUUUCUCUUCGGCUGCUGGCUGUCGAUUUUCAUCUCGUUCUACGAAACGCACGCCGACACACUCAUGGUACUCUGGGGCUUUGUGCUCGUGCUGAGCGUCGUAUACUUCGGAUUGCAAAUUUGGGUCGUUACAGGAGCUUGUGAAGCAGUUCAGAAUCGCACUUUUACAGAAUUUAAACCAACCAAUCUUCUAUUUACCUAUUUAUUAAAAUGAUAUUAAACAAUUUUUGAUACAGAUUUGAAAAGUCUUUCUCAAUAAUGUUUCUUCAUCAUCUUAUAUUUUGAAAUAAAGUUUCAUCCACAAAUUUAUCAGAAUAUUAGCAGAGGCAAAACAAAAAUUUACAAAUUUGAUGAUAAUUGUUGACAUGAGUACAUUUUCCUUUAAUUUUCAUCUAAUGUUCUUAUCUUGGUUUUCACACGAUUUUUGUUCCGAAUUUAAAAUUUGUAAUGAAUAUGCAAUGCGGUUUGCAAGAAGUUGAUUAGGUACUUUAGGGAAAAUAACCAAGUUAUCUGAAUCAGCCUACUGAAAUUCCAUUCAUCCAAGCGUCAAAAAAUUCAAGAUUUCAACAAUUUUAUCAAACUGUGACUGCAAACUUCAAAUGCACCCUUUCGGCGUGAAAAUGUGUACCAAGGACUGCUACAAGGUGUUUGGGUACUUUCUGGGUUUCAUGUGGAUCGUAACGUCCUUUUACUACACGAUGGAAACGAUCGAACUGCUCAAACUGAUGAAGUUGCAGUGCACCAAGGAAGGAGCAGCUGAUACGCCCACAACGGCUGUUUCCAUUCAGGCACGUAUCCAGUUCGACACGGAGCUGGUCGGGAAGGUUUGCGACUUUUAUGGGCGGUUGGAUGGUUUCAUGCCCUACCACAUUAUAACCACCCUCAUCAAAAUGGUGCCGGGAAUGUUGCUCAUCAUUGGAAUUUUUAAGGAUAAUAUUACUUUGAUAAAGGUUUUUAUUGUAUAUGCACUUCUGGAGGAAAUAUUUUUUGUGGCUGUGUUUUCCAAAAUCUUCAGUCAGAUUAGUUCGGAAGGAAAGAAAACCACUUGGCUGUUUUGGAUUCUGAUAUUUUCAUGUGUCAAACUUAUUAUCGGAAUCUGGAUACUACUGGGAGUGUACGCUGGCAUUGAAAACACACGAAGAAUCUAUCACAGAUACGUUUGAAGGCGCUUUCGGAUGGUGGAAUCAGAGACGGCUGAUUUAAAUCUUUGGAAAG